AAUUAUCGCUGCAACAAUACAUACGUAUCAGUAAUAUUGCUUCCAAAUACCCAAAAACAAAAUACAAGAAAUAAAUACACAAAAUAUAGACUACCUACUGCAACAAAAAAUAAAAUGAUAAGAUAGCAAAAUAAACCAACAACCAAUCAACAAUUCAAACUUUACUAUUUACGAUUGAACCAGUAUUGAUUUGGACUCUAAAGCACGUAUAUGCGAGUCAGUAGUAAAGUAAUUUUCUAAACAUACACACGUUUAAAAACUAAAGUGAAAGACGGCCAGUAAAACUCAGGAACAAUGACGGAAGCUCGCAUACAAUUUGGCAAUCUUAAAGGUUUUCCAGCUGAUGAUCAUGAUAAAAUCGAAACGGAACUAUUUUUAGCUGCCUCAAAUGAAAUUGUGGAUGUUAUACGUUCUUUUGGUACUUUAUUCACUCCCGUCAUUAGUGAUAUGACUGGCAAUGUAACCAAAAUCCGCAAAUCUUAUGAAAAGGACCCUAUUAAAUAUAAGUAUUUAGAAGAUUUAAUUAUACUCAAUGUAAACGUAGAUAAUUUUGCUGCCAAUGCUUUGUUGUGGCUGAAGCGAGGCCUGCAAUUGAUUUGCACAUUCUUUGAAAAUAUUUUCAACGAUCAAGAGAAUACGGAAGUGGUGAAGAAGCACUUACAAGAUGCUUAUGAAAAGACACUGAAACCAUAUCAUGGUUUUAUUGUACAAAGUACAAUAAAAAUAAUUUAUAGCUGGGUACCCACUCGUUCUCAAUUAAUCGGCCAUGGUCCCCAACACGAUGAAAAUAUCAAAGUUCUUGAAACAUUUCUGCCCGCUAUGAGAUGUCAGCUUGAUCGCAUUGAUAAUUUACUUAAAAAAUACGAUUUAGAUGAUAAAAGCAAAGUAUAGUUGUUAAUUAGUUUUUAAAUUAGAAUAUUUUUGUGUUCUAAAGAAAUUUAAUGAGAUUCAGCUUUAACUUAAACAUUAGAAUAUAAUUGUGUGUUUCUUUUUAAUCUAGAGUAAGUCUAUUAUUUAAUAAAAUUUUAAAACAAAUUUUAA